GCUGAGCAACUCGUCGGACAAAUGGGAGUCCCAGCGGUCGAAGGCGAACCGCUCCCGCCAGCCCGCGACGUACGAGGACGACACCGUCGAGAGGUUGCUCAUGCCGUCGGGGCUCGUGGGCACGCAGGGCGCAUUGCGGCCGCCGCGCGGGUACGGCCUGGCGCCCCCCGACAGGUACGACGGCCCCGUCGUGGGCGCCGCCUUCGCGGCUGGGCGGGAGCUGUUCGCGGUGGUGCGCUCCGACGGCAUCGUCAAGAUCUGGCUGCCCGGCGGCGCGCAGGAGAGCACGGGCGCCCACUUCAGCAAACUGCCGUGGGGCGUUUCGCAGGUCCUCGAGCAUCGCACGCUGUCGCGGAAGAAGAUGUUUUGCGAGCUCACGGGGGCGUGCGCGUUCUCCGACCCCAGACGCAGCAGGCAGACGGUCGAAGUCGUGCGUACGCACAGGAUGGCGGUGGGCGCCACCGACGGCACGGUCUUCGUGUGGGAGGAGGAGGCGGAUGCCGGUAGCGGGGAGACGCCGCUGUGGGAGGAGGCGGUCAGGCUGCAGCACCACAAGAGCCCCGUCGUGGGUUGCUGCUUCUCGCACCGCCGGCAGCUGCUGGCCACGCUCCACAUGGACGACGGGCUUGUCAUCCUGAGCUCGACGCAUCCCGCGGAGGAAUGGAUGGUUUUGCAGAAGAUGCAACACGGGGCGUUCUCGUUGCCGGGGACCGUCACGACCCCCCGGGGCUUCGUGCCGCCGCCUGGACCCGAAGAACACCAGGUUGACGUCGCACCUCCUGCGAAUCCAAUGGCCCGGUCCAUCGCCUUCGCGCCGCAGCGGCCCCUGCUCGCCAUGGUCACCGCCCAGGGCUCCUGCCUGCUCUGGGCGCAGGGCGCGAACAAGACGAGCGACAGAGGGAGGCGCGUGGACGACGAGGACCCGUGGACGGACGCGUUGACGGACGUCAAAAAGAUGGGGAGGAAACAUCCCGAGCUGCGGGCCGACGCCGACAAGACCCAGCAGUCCACCUGGGCCGUGUUGCAGGAGCUUUGGGUGGACGGCACCGGCCCCGAGUGCGAGACCACCGACGUCGCCUUCGCGCCGCAGCUCGUUCUGCUGGCCACUGCGACGCUCCACGGGACGACCUGCGCGCUGUGGGUGCCGGUCACGCGGGGCUACCUGGAGAGUUUUGAGCAGAUCGAGGUGGUCGAGACGCCUGGCCGGGCCAUCAUGCGCUGCUGCUUCUCGUUUGACAAGCAGCUGUUCCUCGCGACGCGCCAGGCGCCCCAGGCGCGGGCCCUUAGUGCAAUCAUGAAGCAGCUGUGUCGCCCCGAGGGUGCGACCUCGGCUUGGUGCCGCUGGCAGCGGGUGCGCCGCGUGGCUGUGAGGCACGCCCGGGUGGCGGCCUGUGGGAUACGCGACCUGAUGCGGCCGUCUCCCAAGGUGACCUUGAUGAGGGAGUUCUCCAGGCCAUUGUGCAGGCAGUCGUGCGCACGCCUCUUCGCUGCCAAUCUGCCAGGUUCGUUCCUCGUGCCGCUGAUGCUGUACGGGCUGACGCUUCCGCUGCGGAUGGGGAUCUUCGGGCCGCUGCGGAUGGCGAUGCUGCCGCAUUUGCUGGCAGCGAUCUUUGUGCCGCUGCGGACGAAAUGCACGAGCCUGCCGAGGUGGAAGGUGCCUGGGCUGGCAGAGAUAAUCGUGCCGCCGAUUGUAGAGUUGACGCUGCUGCUUCAGUUGGGGGUUUUCGUGCCGAUGCUCAUCGAGUCCAUGGCCGUGCCCGUGCUGUUGCCCACGCCGAUGAAGUCCAUCGGGCUGAUGCGGAUGAAGCAGUCGCAGCAGAUGCGGAGGGUGCCCUUCGUGCUGUUGCCGUGCCGCUGA